CGGGGCUUGUCCAAUAGGGAGGAGACACGCUGGAUAGAUAUGAAUGGCCGCACAGCUCGGUGUAGUAAGUAAGCUUUGACCGGUCGCUCCGUCCUCCUACUCCUCCUGUCCCCGCUCCGCCGCCCGACCAUGGUGGUCAUGGGAGCACCCAAAGUCAUCUUCAUCCCCGGUGGUCAUUCCGAGCAAGGAGAGUGCCAGACACUCACGUCCGUCAUGUUGCCGAUGCACAGCCCGGCAAGCCCGGAGUCAGCGAGCAGCGAUGUACCCCCGAGGAAGAGGCAGCGGCUGACACAUCUCUCCCAGGAGGAGAAGGCGCUGAGGAGGAAAUUAAAAAACAGAGUAGCCGCACAAACGGCACGAGACAGAAAAAAAGCCAGAAUGGGUGAACUUGAGCAGCAAGUGUUGGAUCUAGAGUUGGAGAAUGAGAAGCUCCUGAUCGAAAAUAAACUAUUACGAGAAAAAUCCCAUGGUUUGAUAACUGAAAACCAAGAACUACGUCAGAGAUUGGGCCUUGAUGCCCUUGAUGUGAAAGAGGAAGAAGAAAUCCAGGUAAUUCUGGUUCAGUCCAGAGAAGAUGAAGUCAGUCCGGUGAUCGGGUCCGCUGAGUCCGCAGCACUCAGACUACGUGCCCCUCUGCAGCAGGAGCAGGCCCAGAUGUCCCCGAACUUGACAACAUCUGCAUGGAUCCUGACAGCCCUGGUUCUUCAGACAGUGAGUCUGAUAUCUUGCUUGGCCUAUUGGAAAGCCUGGACUCGGAGAUAUUACUUGGCUUCCAAGGAGAACUGUCCUGGAACCAGCAGCAAGAGGUUAGCGAUGAAGCAGAUUCCAUACCCACCGCCCCAUCUUCUCCUGUGGGGACCACACCAAUCAAGCUGGAAACCAUUAAUGAACUGAUCCGAUUUGACCACGUCUACACAAAGCCCCUGUGCUCAGAGCAAGAUGCAGAGCUUGAAAUUGAGUCCAGUGUAGUUAUUAAAACCGAGGAA